AUGGCCAAAUUCUCCCUCUUAUUCUUGGCCUCCUUGGCCGCGGCCAAAGCCCCGGUGGUCGACCUUGGCUAUACUAAAUAUGAAGGCCGUUCACUUGCCAACGGCGUCUCACAGUGGCUGGGCAUUCGGUAUGCGGCUCCUCCACUGAACGAGUUGCGAUUUGCAGCGCCGCAGGAUCCUCUAGCACAAAAGGGAGUGCAACAGGCGACCCAGCACAAGAAAACGGUCGAUCUCAUUACAUGUCGUAAAAUGCUGACAGUGGCCGAUCUACAGCACGGUGCCCUUUGCGUGCCUGUUGCUUCCAGCCUCAACCAGUCGGUGCCGGAGGGAACGUCGGAAGAUUGCUUAUUCCUCGACGUUUACGCGCCGACGGAAGCGCUCGCCAACGGCAAAAAACUGCCAGUCUAUUUCUUCAUCCAAGGUGGUGGCUUCGCGUCCUUGUCGAAUAACAACUACAAUGGAUCCGGGCUGAUCAAGGCUUCUGAUUCGAAUAUUGUGGUUGUCAACUUUAAUUAUCGCGUCGGACCAUUUGGGUUUCUGGCCAGUGAAGAAGUCGCAAAGGGCGGCAGUCUCAAUAAUGGGCUGAAAGAUCAAAUCAAGGCUCUGCAAUGGGUGAAAAAGCAUAUUGGCAAGUUCGGCGGUAACCCUGACCAUGUUGUCAUCGGCGGUGAUAGUGCUGGCGGAGGCGCGGUCACGCUCCUGCUUUCCGCAUAUGGAGGCCGUGAUGACAAGCUGUUUGUUGGCGCCGCUGCUGAAUCCCAAAGCUUUGCAAAUAUGCUUGACGUAAAAGAGAGUCAGUUUGUCUUUGAUAGACUGGCUUCGCGCACAGGUUGUGACAAAAGCGCCGAUUCUUUUGCCUGUCUUCGCAAACUUCCUAUCGGUACUCUCCAGGCACAGAACAUUGUCUCGCCGUACCCCGGAGCCCCAGGAAAUCCACUGUAUUUGUACGGUCCCACCGUUGACGGCGAUCUCGUGCCGGAUUACACCUUGAAACUCUUCAACCAGGGCAAAUUCAUCAAAGUCCCCGUCAUCUUUGGCGAUGCAACCAACGAAGGCACGGUCUUUGUCCCCAAGAGCACGAACAACGUCUCUGCGGCCGAUGACUUUCUCAAAAGCCAAUUCAACACCAUCACCGACUGUCAGCUCGCCAAGAUCAACAGUCUCUAUCUCACCGAGAACCAAACCCGCCAGUUCCCCGAUGCAGGCAUUUACUGGCGCCCUGCAAGCAACGCCUACGGUGACUUGCGCUACACCUGUCCCGGCGUCGAUCUCUCUUCUGUAUAUGAGAAAGCCGGUGUCCCCAGCUGGAACUACCACUACGACGUCAAGGAUCCCAAAUCCGAGGCCAGCGGUGACGGGGUCACGCAUACCGUCGAGAUCAAUGCGAUUUGGGGUCCUGAGAAUGUACAUGGAGGUGCACCGGCCUCAUACUCUGGAGUCAAUGCCAACAUUGUGCCCGUCAUGCAGGGAUACUGGACGAGUUUUGUCCGGGCUUUGAACCCGAAUACACACCGGUAUCAUGGUACUCCAGAGUGGAAAACGUGGGGAAAGGGGGAGGAAGCGUAUCGGCGGAUUUAUAUCCGUACAAACCAGACGCACAUGGAGACGGUGCCGCAGGUGGAGCGGGAACGAUGUGCUUAUUUGCUGAGUCUGGGAGAGCACUUGAGACAGUAG